AUGACUGAAGUUCAAGACGCCACGGAGAGCAUCAAAAAUAUUAAUUCAUUGAAAAUUAACCAUGGCUUGAUUAUAAGUGCUGAAGGAGUACACCCUUCAAAUUUUUCUGCAUAUUCAUAUUCGUCAUUUUCGCUGCCUAAAGUUAGAAAAUUAAACACUAGAUCUUUUCAGUCAAUGCUAAAAUUUUCUACAAAGCAGAGAGAUUCUUUCUUGUUUGAGAAUCAUAUUGAUCACCAUGCUAUUAACUUGAUAAAUUGUGAUUGGAUAUCUGCAAAUUCCACCGAAAACCCUUUAACUAAUGAAUCACUUGUCAAUGAUAUAUGUUUGAAAAUACAAUGUUCGAAAUUUGAAUUGAUUAUUGAAAAAGAAACGAUAAAACCUUCUAAGGAAUUGAUUGCCAAAACAAAAGAAGCUCUGAAACAUUAUAACCCUUAUAAUGAAUUAAUGACUGUUUUCGAAAUUUACGGAAAAUUUCUUCCUAAAAAAGUUAUUCUUGGACAUAAAAUAUACAGACUUACUUGUUUAAUUGUGGAUGAGAGUCAGCCAGAAGUUAACUUUAAAGAAGGGGAACGGUCGGCCGACUUUAUGACAGAAGAAUAUAACGAUAUUUUAAAUCAGUGGGAAAAAUGUAUAGGCUCAUAUGGUUUUGAUUCGUCUUAUUUUGUGUCAAUCGACGAUAAAUUAAUUAUGAAAGAUCAACUUGAAAAGUGGGUGGAAUCUUGUUCAGAAAGUGAUUAUGACUCAUUACAAAUAAUCAGUUGGAAUGAAUUAUAUCCAAUAUAUGAAAUAUUUGAAGAGCCACUUUGUCAUGAAAUAAAAUCUAUUCUUGGAAUAAUUUAUCAACCAGAAAGAUUUAAUGUAAGAGAAAAGGUGUUAUUUUCUGGAAUAAUUCCAGUUAAUGUCCCAACUUUUUCUUAUCGUGUGAAUUUCCCAAUCUGCUUUAAAUCAAACGAUUACCAAAUUUUUGGAAAACUCGUAAACCAAAAUGGAAAACCAAUUGAUAAAGUUUUUAUCAAGUUUAAAUCUAUGGAUGUAUACGGAUUCUAUGCUUUCGUGGAAAAUUUUAACGUGAUUGAAGAGGGCAUGGAAUCGCAGAUAGAAUGGAUAUUAAUCGGAAUACCCGCUAAAAUUGGAUUUUUUAGCAUGAAUACACGAAAUAUUCGCAUUUUAAGAUCGAUUAGUACUUCGUUUUCAGUAAAUACGGUUGACACUAAUUGGAAUAUUAUAUUAGAUGUUCAAGAAAGCCUGCCACAAAAUUCAAUCCUCGUUACUUCAUUUAAAUUUUCAUCAAAUUACGAACUAAAUUUCGAAGCUGAUAUUCAAAAUUACCGAUAUAAUGAUAAUAAAAUCGAGCUUGGUGUUUAUUAUGCUAAUGAUGAAAAUACAAUAUCUUCGCCUAUGGAAAUAGAUGAUACUUCGCCUAUGGAAAUAGAUGACUCUUCACCUAUGGAAAUAGAUGAUUCUUAUGAAAAUAAUUUUACAAACAGUGAUGUUAAUAGUGAUGAAUCGAGAUGCUUAGUUCAAUGUUUUAUUCUUUCUCUAGAAA